GCAAACUGAUCUUAAUCGUCAUGUUGGCAUGCAAUUUGUGUGCCAAGUUCAGCAAGAAAACAAAGUGUCAACGCCACCGAAAAGAUCGAACCCCGAUGGGCUUUCAGCCAAGACCAAGAACUUCCGUCCCGAGGUGGCUAUAAAAAGUGCUGUCUGCGGCCAAUAGACCAAGUCCCAGGCCCACAGCAAAAUGCCAGUGAUUUUAUUCAAUUUGCCCAUUCUGGCGAUGGUGGUGGCAGUCGUCGUUACACUGACAGCGGGCCAUGCCGUGGAACAGGAGCUGCCAUCGACACUCGACGGCCACGGCUAUGGACCGGCUAUACACAUAAGCUCCGGAGUCCUGCAGCUGACCGCCGAUACGGAGGCACAGACUCUUCUGCUUGUGCCCAGCAGUGUUUACUCCCAGCCGUGGCCCCACUUCUACGUGGAUGGUCUGUCCUCACACCUGCCGCACUCUGCGCUGCCCCAGCCCCAGCCCCAUCUCCCAGCUCAUGAGCCCCGAAUCGUGAUCAGCGACAAUGUGGACUUUUCCCAGCUCAAACAUCCACUCGUGAAGGCCCAUGGACGCUAGACGCAAGACCCACAAAUCCACUGGUGUUCACAUCAUAGAGCUUCUCAGCUUCUCCAGUUACCCAAAAACGACGAAUAUAUAUAGGUAUUCUUUUAAAC